CAGCGUCGUGUUAUUUUACUUGGUGUCACGUGGCAUUUUUACACCCCUUUGGACAGCUGUUUCUUGACACGGGAAAAGUUUUAUGUUUCAUGACGGCACCAUUUCAGAGUGACGCCCAGUUAUUGUACGACGUGCGCAACGUGAAUUGAUGUCCCCCUCGUCUGGACUUUAAAAAGUCAUGGCGGUGUCAGAGACGCUUAAAACCUUACUUUAUACUGUCAAUCACCUUUUACAACAAGAAAAAUACAAAGCAGCUCUGGCUAUUUUCAAAGGCUUCCGAAAUGGUGCUGUAUAUGGAGCUAAAAUCAGAGCACCACAUGCAUUUGUCAUGACUUUUUUAUUCCGAAGUGGAAGUUUGGAAGAAAAACUCCGAGCCAUUUUGAAGGCCACCUACACACACUCGCGCAAUCUGGCAUGCUUCGUGUUCACCUACAAGGGAUUGCAGGCACUGCAAGAGAAACUUCAGGGCCGCAGUUUGCAGUCUCACUCCUUCCUGGCCGCCUGCGUAGGAGGAUGGUUGGUGUUUGGUGACAACAACAAUAUCAACAGUCAGAUCAACAUGUACUUGCUGUCCCGGAUCCUGUUUGCCUUGUCGCGGCUGGCAGUGGAGAAAGGAGUGGUCCCACAGCCUAAACGAGACCUCUUCCCGCUUUUCGCCACUCUGGUGUGGGGACUGGUCUUGUGGCUGUUCGAGUACCACCCGCACACGCUACAACCCUCGCUGCAGUCGUCCAUGAACUACCUCUACCACGACAGCAAUGUGUGGCACGACAUCUCGGACUUCCUCGUCUAUAACAAGUCCAGGACUGCUGCUCGUAAAUGAAGGUUUUACGCGGUGGACCACUUGUCUUGAGUAAUGGGCAGUACAUGAUCCAUGCCGGGACAGUGUUCCAUUUGUUUAUUUAAGGUGUACAUAAUUUAUUUGCUGUCAUCACACAAUUAAAAGACUGAUUGAACUGGUA